UCAAACAUGGCGGCUGCACACGGUAAUGUAAAAAUUAUUUCAGACGAUGCACAAUUUAGACCAGAGCUUGCUAACGCGGGAUCAAAGCUUGUUGUAGUGGAUUUCACAGCUUCAUGGUGUGGACCGUGRAAAAGCAUUGCACCUAUAUUUGAACAYUACAGUACAAAGUACAACAAUGCCUUAUUUUUAAAGGUUGAUGUUGAUCAAUGCCAGGAAACAGCAUCAAGGCAAGGGGUUUCAGCAAUGCCGACCUUUCAGUUUUUCAAGAGCCAGACAAAGGUUGAUGAAAUGACGGGAGCAGACCCCAAGAAACUGGAAGAGAAAAUUAAGAAGUGGAUAGGAGAUGAAGAAGAUGGUGGUGCUGGUUGUGGAGUCAAAGGGCAUACUGAUCUUCAUAGUUUCAUCAACAAAGCUGGUUGUGAGUCAUUAAAUGAAGAUAAUGAACACACUUUAGCUGAUGCAUUAUCUAAAGGACCAGGCUUCUUACAGAGUGACUGCGAUGAACAGCUUUUGUUUUCCAUAGCAUUCAAUCAACCAGUAAAACUUCAUUCUAUAAAACUUGAAGGACCCAAUGAUGGAAAAGCACCAAAGAAUAUUAAACUUUUCAUUAACCAAACAAAAUCCUUGGACUUCGAUUCUGCUGAGAAUUUUACACCUGUACAAGCACUGGAACUCACAGCAGACGAUGUCAGCGGAGAAACUAUAAUUCCUCUAAAAUAUGUCAAAUUUCAAAACGUCCAAAAUAUUACAUUCUUUGUAAAAGACAAUCAAGGUGAUGAGGAACUUACAGUGAUCAACUAUCUUUGCAUUAUUGGAAGUACGCUUGAAGCAACAAAUAUGCAAGAUUUCAAAAGAAUUUCAGGAAAGAAAGGCGAAAGUCACUAAAAAUGAAUCAAGUCAAAUUUUAACUUUUCUCUGCCACAUAAACAUUUCAAAGAAACCGCUGGUGAUUAUUAUAUUAUCGUAAACUACUAUACUGUACAUUUGUUUCCAAAAUAAAAGCAAUGAAUAUACCCCAGUUUAACUAAAUUGUGAAUUAAAUUUGACAAAGUAUUUCAGUGUAAUAAAGCUUGAUGAUUCUACUUGC